UAUCAUUACAUCAACUUGUAAGCAGCUCCUCUGAGUAGAGAAAAAAACCCAACUACAAAAUAAAACUGUAAAAGAAACUGAUUACACUACCAGAGAGAUUAAAAAAAAAAAAAACCCAGAAAAAUGAGAGCCAGCAACCAUUUGAUAGGAUUACUAAACUUCUUAACUUUUUUGUUGUCAAUAGUAAUCUUGGGUGGUGGAAUAUGGCUAAGCAGCAGAGCCAACAGCACAGAUUGUCUCAAGUUCUUACAGUGGCCAUUGAUCGUCAUAGGAGCCUCAAUCAUGGUCGUUUCCUUAGCAGGUUUCGCGGGCGCGUGUUACAGAAACACGUUCCUGAUGUGGCUUUACCUCUUUGUAAUGUUCUUCAUCAUUGCUGCGCUCAUCGGGUUCAUAAUCUUUGCCUAUGCUGUGACCGAUAAAGGGUCAAAACGGCCGGUGAUGAACAAAGGUUACUCGGAGUAUUACUUGCAGGACUACUCAGGCUGGCUCAAAGAUCGAGUAGUGGAUGAGAAGUAUUGGGCAAAGAUUAGCUCUUGUAUCAGGGAUUCUAAAGUUUGUAGCAAGAUGGGAAGAACUUAUAAUGGUGUUCCUGAAACUUAUGACAUGUUUUCUAUGAGGAAGCUCAACCCUAUUCAGUCUGGUUGCUGCAAGCCCCCUACAGACUGUGGCUUUGUCUAUGUCAACGAGACGCAAUGGGACCAAGGAGGGGCAGCCGGAACUGACUCCGACUGCUCUAGAUGGAGCAAUGACCAACAGCUGCUGUGCUAUCAAUGUGAUUCCUGCAAGGCUGGUGUGCUUGGCAGCCUCAAGAAGAGCUGGGGGAAGGUCUCGGUGAUCAACAUAGUUGUGCUGAUCCUCCUAGUGAUCUUUUAUGUCAUCGGCUGUGCUGCUUUCAGAAACAAUAAGAGGAUUGAUAAUGAUGAACCUUACGGAGAGGCAAGGAUGACAAAAGCACAACCAAGUAGGAUUCAGCUAUAGAAAGAUACCAAGAACAUUUUAGACAUAAAUGGAAGCUGUACUUUAUUUUGGAGAAUGUAUGUUUUAGGUUUUGUAUACCAUUUUAGGGCUGGUUUGUGUGAGACAAGUGAACUUGAAUUUGGUUUGAUUUUUAACAGUUGUUUUUGUAUAUGUUGGCUUUCAUGGUGGCUUUAACAGUACUUUUUGUAUAGCAGAAAGAAUCUGAAAUCUUCAAAA